AUGGCCGACGGCGACCCGGCGUAUUUCAGCGGCCCCCUCCAGCUCAUCCGGAUCGACGAUGAUGGCAAAUGCCACCUUCAGGACAACGCCGCGGCCAUCCUCAACCAGAUCCCCGGCAGGCUUGCGAUCGUGGGGAUUGCCGGGCUCUACCGAACAGGGAAGUCCUUCCUUCUGAAUCGCUUGCUAGGUUUGCAGGAUGGCUUCGAGAUCGGACCAACCAUCAACCCGUGCACGAAGGGUCUCUGGAUUUGGGGUCAGCCUGUACAGCUGGCGCCGGACUACUACUGCAUCCUGAUCGACACCGAGGGCUUGGGUUCAACGCAGCGGACUGCGAGUUGCGACAUGCAGAUCCUCUCCCUUUGCAUCCUGUUGUCCUCGUAUUUUAUCUACAACUCCAUGGGGGCGAUCGACGAGCAGGCCAUCGAUGACCUUCACCUCGUCCUCCACAUAGCCAAGCACAUCCAUGUGAAGAGCCAUCGGCGGAACGAGGAGGAGAAGUCCUCGGACCUGUCCCAGUACUUCCCUCUCUUCCUCUGGGUUCUGCGGGAUUUCCACCUCCGUUUGGCGGAUGAGUCUGGGGCGAUCUCCGAGAAGGAGUACCUUGAGCGAGCUUUGCAGUCUGUUCGAGGCCAAGACGACAAGAACAGGUUGCGGGAUGUGAUCAAGGAUCUCUUCCGGGAGCGCGACUGUGCCACGAUCGUUCGGCCUGUGGUUGAUGAGGCCGACCUUCGGAACAUCCAAAAGCUGCCUUACGAGUCCUUGCGCCCAGAGUUCCGUGAGCAGGUGGAAGCCUUCGUGAAGAAGGUGUACAUGUUCUUGAAACCCAAGAAGAUCGAUGGGCAAUUGGUGAAUGGGGCCAUGCUUGUGGAGCUGGCCGGGGAGUAUUGUAAAGCGAUCAACAGUGGUGUGGUGCCGACGAUCCAAUCUGCCUGGACCUCUGUGGUUCAACAUCAGCUGCGCCUGUCGCUCCGGGAUGCGGUGCAGAUGUACCGCUCGAGGAUGAACGAGACGGCGAUGCAGAACCUGCCUCUCUCGGAGGAGAAGUUGCGGGAGCUCCACAAGGAGGCGAAGGCGGAGGGCCUGAAGCUACUGUUGAAUGCUCGGCUGGACGCCGACCCGAGAUUCAGGGAAAGCCGAGCGCAGUUUUCUUCGCGCGUGCGCCAGCUCUUCGGGCACGUCACGGCAGAGAACCAAAGUGCGUCACAGCGGCAGUGCGACCGCCUCGCGCACGAGCUCUACAAGCCAGUUGAGCAGAAGGUCCUGGCCUCGGGAACCUACACAAGCUUUCAUGAGCUUGCCGCCGACUGGGACCGGCUGAGGCAGGCCUACCUGCAGAAAGCGCAGGGCCCAGCGAAGGCCGAGGUGCUCUUGGGCCGCUUGGGCUCCCAGCUGCUGCAAAGCACGCAGAAGGUCUGGGAGGACUUCCACACGGCCGCCGAGGAGCGCAGCCAGGCUCUCAAGAAGCAGCUGGCCGACGCGGAAGCACGCUUUCUGGGCCUGAAGGGCAGUGCGGAGGAGCGGUCCAGCCACGGCAUCGGCGUUGAGGUUGCCCGGAGGAUGGAGCUGGAGCGCCUUCUUGAGGACGCGCGCCGGAGCCUCACUGAGGCGACUCAGAAGUUCGCGCGGGAGAAGGCACAGCUGAUGGACUCAGAGCGGACCCUCCGAGAGCAGAUGAAGAUUCUCCAGGACAGGGCUCCGGCCGAGACGCGACGUUCCGGUCUGGAGCUGCCCGGGGGGCAGGUCCUGUCUGAGAUCCAGGGGCUCAAGGAUACGGUCCUUUCCAUGGUCUCCGAGCUGCGAAGCAAGGACAUGGAAAGAGGCCAGCUGGAGAUGCGAGCCGAGCACGAGAAGCAAUUGAUCGCCCUCGAGCGCCGCUUUUCCAAGCAGCUGGCAGAGGCUCGCCAGACUUCCGAGACCUCCUUGGAAGGUUUGCGGAAGGGCUACGAGCAAGAGGUGGAGACCCUGAAGAACGAGAAGAUGAAGCUUUCUGAGCGUCUGAAGGAGGCGGAGUGUCAGCUGCAGCUGGCAAGGAGCGAAGUUCAGGCGCAAGCGUCGCAGCUUCGUCAGGCAGAGGCGACGCAGAGGCAGUCUCAGCUCGUCUUCGCCUUCCUCGAGAAGUGCUCAGAUAAUGGAGGCAAAGACGUCGAUGAAAUUCGUGACGAGCUGCGCUCUUUCGUUGCGAAGUCUCCAUGA